AUGGCGCCGUGGGUCCGAUCAUGUGUGGAAUCACGUGAUCUCAAUCAAGGAGAACCGUCACGGUCUCCGUUCGGUAUUGAGAAGCGCGUUGUAGCACGGAUCAUCACUCCGAAAGCCGUCAGAACAAAAUACUUUCGCGAAACAAAACAGUUAAACGACUCCGAGGAUCGGCAUAUCGAAAUACGUAUUCUUUCCUUCUUACCGAAGCGCCUCCUCGGUACACCAUUCGUUUUGGGCUUGCUCGCUGUUGGCGUGCGACUCUGCAUUCUUGACGCUACCCUUCGAUUCGACCAACCGUCACCAAAAUUCUAUCUCUCGAUACUCAACUUUUACAUCUACGCAUCUCGAACGAUAAAACAUAACAUCGCAAUCAUGGCUUCUCCGCCUUACGCUACUUCCCCAUCGGGAAUGUCACCUCCCUAUCCAUCACCCGCUCAAAUCCCCAGCAAGAAGCGCUCUUCAGGCGUCGACGCCAACGCGCCUCCUCACAAACGACGCAAACCCUCAAACCUCUCGCAAGCCUCCGUCGCAGCCGCAGCAGCAAACCACCCUCUUCGCCAAACAUCAUUCCCUCCCGAAGCUCGGUCGCCUUACCCGCGCUCUCCCUCCGUGGACGCUCAGUCUCAUGUGAGCGGUAGCGCUGUCAGCACAACAGCUAGCGGAGCGCCCAAGAAGAAACGCGGUCGCAAAGCGAAGAACACAAAGCAGGAUGAUUCUAGCGAGGCCACGCCCAGUCUUGUUGGUGGACGGGCUCCGACUGCCGUGAGCGGGCAGGGUGGUGAGAAGGAGGACGACGAUGAGGAUGAUGAAAAGGCUGAGAUGGCGUUGGAGGAUGUUGUCGCGCGAACUCAGGAGCAGAAGCAAGAGGAGAUUCGUCUACGAGCUAUGCUUGUCGAAGCAUUCGACUCACAACAAUACAACCGAUAUGAGCUCUGGCGUGCGGCAAAGUUGGCCGAUAGUGUCGUCAAACGAGUCGUCAACGCAACAGUCUCUCAAUCGGUACCCCAAAAUGUCAGCACAGCCGUCAAGGCGGUAGCCAAGCUCUUUGCAGGUGAAAUCAUCGAAGCUGCGCGCAAUGUCCAAGGCGAGUGGAUUCACGCAGGAGAAAAGCAGAGUGAACUGCCUACGCCGCCACAGUCUACAAACGACGACCCAGAUGCGGCUGAGGAGGAAGUCGAUCUCAAGCGCGGCCCAUUGCGACCUGAUCAUUUACGUGAGGCCUGGCGACGCUAUCGAGUCUCUGGAGAGAGUCGAGGUGUGGGCGUGCAGCAGCUCUGGCAUGCGCAGCAAAACGAUGGAGUUGAUCGUUUCUCAACACGUACUGGGAAGCGACUCUUCAAGUAA